CGGAGAAGGAGAUGGGCGAGCGGCUGGCGGGCGCGUCGGCCUACGACGUGCUGGAGGAGCUGCUGCGCCGCAAGGAGCCCGGCAAGCAGGAGCUGGCCUGGCUGCUCUACGGCGCCCUCCCGCCCGACGCCCGAGGCCCGCCCGUCAUCCUGCCGCUGCUCGACUACCUGACCGUCGACCUCGACCCCGCCGUGCCCGAGCGCGUCACCCAGCUGUUCGACCAGCUCCCCGUCGGCGCCCGCACCGCCGCCGCCUACCGCGCCACCAUCGUCGCCCACUCGGCCCUGGGCCAGGUGGGCCCGGCCAUGGCCCGCCACCGCGACGCUGCCCACGGCGCGCGCUUCGUCGAGUACGAGAACCACGUGCCCGACCUCGGCACCAACGCCCUCCUGCGCCGCCUGGUCGCCGACGAGCAGUGGGACCUCGUCAUCCGCGUCUACGCCUACUACGUCAAGCGCGCCCGCUUCUCCAUCGACCGCCAGCGCACCACCUACCGCAUCCGCUGGGGCCAGGCCACCCUGCCCGAGAUCUGGCACGACGCCGCCCAGCUGCCCGAGAUCCGCGAGCACCUGCAGUCGCUGUUCUUCUACAUCCGCCGCCACAAGUCCGAGCUCACCGCCGACCCCAAGCGCACGGAGCUAUACAUCACCUUCGUCCAGAGCUUCGUCGCCCACGUCAUGGACCGCGUCCUGCACGUGCGCAAGCCGAAUGAUGACCACAUCUGGGACUGGUUCACGAAGCUCUUCGACGACCUGCACGAGCUGGACAUCCCGCCCGACGCCAGCUACCACCACGCCAUCACCUCCAUGCUGAAGCUGGAGCGCUACCGCGUCUACACCAACCAGCGCAAGCUGCACCUCGAGCUGUACCGCCGCUACCGCCAGUGGUACCUCUACGAGCGUGUCGACGAUCCCGCCUGGAAGCCGCUGCCGCCCCAGCUCCCCCUGCUGACCUCCAUCCUCAACAGCCACGGCAAGCACUCCAGUCUGGACCGCGUCAACGACCUGGUCGCAGACAUGCGAACCUUCUACCCCGGCAAGCCGCUCACGCCCCCGGUGCUGCAGCUUUUGCUGCAGAUCUACGCCGAGCACGGCGACGUUGCCCGUGUUGACGAGUACUUCGCCGCGGUACAAUCCUCCACCAACACCCUCACCCACAAGCAGGCGAAUGCCCUCGUCUACGUCCACGCUCGGCGCGCUGACGUUCCGGGCGCGCUGGCUGCCUUCCAGCGCAUCCACGACCUCGGCCUCGUCCCCGACCAGUACAUGUGGAACACCCUGCUCCUCGCCUACGUGCGCGCCGACGACCUCGACGGCGCCCUCGAAACCUUCAACCGGGCCCUGGACGCCGGCCUGCAGCCAAACGUCCACACCUUCGGCCCCAUGCUUGACAUGUGCGCCAAUCGCGGCGACAUCGAAGCCUUUGAGUCGCUGUACUCGCGAGCCAAGCAGCUUGACGUCCCUCUGGAUAGAGAUGUCCGUGCCCGCUCCGGCUAUGUGCAGGCGUUUCUGAAUGCAGAAGACAUCGGCGCGGCAGAGGAGAUUGCCCAGGGCAUGCUGAAGCAGUGGAAGGGGGGCUUGCUGACCGGCCACCCGCUCACCCAUACGUGGAACAUCAUGAUCCAGUACUACGCCCUGCGGGGCGACGUGGCCAACGGCCGUCGCCUGUACCGCGAGAUGGUCGACAACCAGAUCCCGCUGGACAACGUCACCUUUGCCAGUCUGAUGCGGGCCCUUAUCGAGAUCAAGCAGACCAACGCCGCCUACAAGAUUUUAAAGGUGACCCUCCCCGAGCACAACCUGCGCGUUGAGGCUAUCCACUACGCCAUUGUCAUGACCGGCUUCCUGAAGGAGGGGCAGUGGGACCUGGCGCUGGACGCCCACGAGCGCAUGAUUGAGCGCAAUGUGAACCAGACCAUCAGCUCGCGCCAGGCCUCCAUCAACACCAUCGGCAUGUCCGAGUUGGUGCGCCUGCUCAAGGCCAAGAACGACAACCCGCGCCGCCACCUGCGCCAUGUCGAGACUCUACUUCGCGGCAUGUUGACGUCCGGCGACGUCGGCCAGGACAUUGCCCACCGCCAGCCCAACCACAACCGCUAUAUCGAAGCCCACACGCAGUCGGUCGUCCCGGCAUCCUACUACGGCCUGCUCAUCACGCUGUACAACACCCGCGGCGCCUACCAGAUCUGCAAAGACCUCUUCGCCAAAGCCGAGGCCACCAUGGAGCCCACCGACUUCGACGCGCCGACCAACUUCAUCACCGCCGUCAUGGAAGCCCACUACCGCGCCAAAGAGUGGUCCGAGGUCGAAAAGUGCUGGGCCCAGGUGCUCGAGUCGUCGUCACGCCUGAUCAAAACCUUCCAGCAGAUCAUGUUCCCCGACCCCGCCGCGCCCGACGGCACCAGCCUGACCGACCCCGUGGUCCAGCAGCGCUUCGCCGAGUCCCGCAUCGCGCACAACCGCCGCCAGAUCAUCACGCGCGCGACCCGCAUCUACAUCCGCUCGCUCAUCAACCGGCACCCGCCCUCGCACCCCGCCGCCGCGCCGCUCAUCACCCGCGCCCAGCUCGCCAUGCGCGAUUUGUUACUAAAAGGCUUCGCCAUCGACAACUUCACCUGGAACGAGUUCGUCGUCGCCCUCGCCGACCACGGCCACCUCGUCUCCGCCUUCGCCGUCGCAGAGACGUAUCUCAUGCCGCGCUUCCCCGGCUGGCGCAGCCUGGCGCCCUUUUUCGUCCGCACAGACCGCCGCGGGUACCAGUGGAUGGAGCUGCGCCACUACGACAUCAAACGGAAUACCGUGGUGCCCAGAUACAAGACGCUGGUCGUGCUUGCGAGGGCGCUCAAGCAGGUCAAGGAGGAUGAGAGGGGCGGGGCGGGGUUUAGCGAGGGCAGGUGGAUGAGAGAGGUUUUGGAGGAGAGGGCGCCGCUGGUUUGUAGGGCGGUUGAGACGAUGCCGCGCACGGGGGAUGGGUUGCAGGAGAGGUAUUUUGGGGUGGGGGAGUGAGGUGGGGUGGCGAGGAGGCGGUGGGUGUGUAUCUGGGAG